GUGUAAAUACUUGUGUUGUCUGAGAACUAAGUAAAAAUGAAAACCUUAGUAUUUCUGUGUGCUCUAAUCGGCGCUGCGAUGGCCGAAGAACUAGAAUAUUACAAAACUCCCAGCGAACACAUUGACAUUCCGGCCGUAGUUGAAGACCCGAAGAAGUUGCAGGAACUCAUGGACUGUUUCUUGGAUAGACAACCUUGUUCAAAGGUUCACGCCAACUUUUUGGCUUUGAUUCCGGAAACGAUAAAAACAGCAUGCGCAAAAUGUAAUUCGGCUCAAAAACAAUCGGCAAACAUCUUUCUAACUGGCUUACGUAACAAAAUGCCCAGAGACUAUGAUGACUUCGUCAAGAAAUUUGAUCCCGAGGGAAAAUACAUGGACACUCUCUUUGAAAAUAUCAAAGGAUUUUAACGGGCUUCGAGUGUUUUCGUGAAAAACUGUUACAGAUUCAACCAGCGACCAUGUUUUAUCUAAUAAAUUUCAAGUGUGUUUAA